AUGUCACGGGUAAUUAAUAAGAUAAAACAAGGGGAACCACCUGGUUCAGAUAAUCGAGGCCAUGGUAUACCAACUAAUAAAAUAUUUGAAGAACGUAUGAACUGUAUCCGGAAACAUAUUCAAAAUUUUUUAUCUUACCAAUCGCACUACACAAGGAAUAAAAAUCCCAAUCGUAUUUAUCUAUCUUCUGACCUUAAUGUUACCCUGCUGUAUCGUUUGUACAAUGAGUACUGUCAGGAACAAGUUAAUGUCUCCCUUUCCAGUGAUAUUUAUCGCCGUACAUUCAAUAAUGAGUACAACCUUCAUUUUCAUGUACCACAAAAAGAUACGUGCUCUAAGCGUGAUGAUUACAAAUUAAAAAAAGCUGCAACAAUAGAUGAUAACGAGAUAAAACAGAUUGAAUUUGAGAUUGAAGUUGAGCACGAACUCCCUCUUAGGAAGGCCGAGCUUGCACGUACUUCUAUGAAAAAAGAUACAGAAAAGGCCCAGACUGACUAUUCUUACUAUGUAUUCACCUUUGACCUAGAAAAAGCCCUACCUUUUCCAAAACUAAUCACAUCUAUCGCAUACUAUAAACACAUGUAUCUGCAAGGUCGAUUAAAUAUCUAUGAGAUAUUGGAAGAUGAUAUAUUUGGAUUAUUAGACUCGCUGGAAGACGAUGAAUUAAACACUUAUGAUGAUGGAGGUUUUUUGGAUGAUGAAGACAGUGAGGUCAUUUCUGAUUUUAUUUAUUCUUUCAAUACUACUGAGAUGUUACAUUUGAAAAAUAAAGAAGCCAUCAAUAUCUGUCAGACUAUGAGUGAAUCGGCAAUAGACAAAAAUAUUGAUAGCGUAAAUUUGGAUGCAGAAAUUGAAAGUGAAGUUUCUGCAGCGGUAACGGAAGUUCCUGAGUCAGUACUUGAACUAAGUAGAGAAAAUAGCAAACGGUUAGUACUUGGACUGAGUACAAAAGCCAGUGAGGUUCCUACAAUUGUAUUUUACGGGAAAAGUAAAACUGAAGUUGAUGUGACCUUUGUCCAAGCAGAAAAAGCAUUAGUUGCCGUAUAUGAUGACUGUUCUGAUAUAGACGUUCAUGGAGAUCCAGAUUAUAAAGAGGUUGAUAUGUCAACAUCAGAUGAAGAUGAAGUAGCAUUUGAAAAAGAAGAAAUUCAUCAAAAGACUGAAAAGUAG